ACAAGUACCGCCAAAAUAAUGAACGAUAAAGAUAGCUGAAAGCACCUGAGCCCUCGGAAUCAACAUGUCAUUCCCAGAGGACCAAGAUCUCGCCGCAAAGACCUCAACUCUCUCCAUCAAUCCAUCUCUCCACAGUCUCCUGCUUCUCUCAGACUCUGCUCUACCACUAGGCUCCUUUGCCUUCAGCUCCGGCCUAGAAUCUUUCCUCGCACAUCAUAAUAUCUCAGGCCCCAAGUCUUCCACGACCGUCAAGCUAUCAGCCUUCGACACAUUCCUUGAGCAAUCUCUUCACAAUAUUGCCUCAACGUCCCUGCCCUAUGUACUCACAGCCUACCAUGACCCCUCGAGACUCCCCGACUUGGACAAUGACAUGGACGCCAGUACGCCCUGUACAGUAGCUCGUCGGGCUUCGGUCUCGCAGGGACGGGCCAUACUGGGAAUUUGGGAGAGAGCAUUGUCACUUUCUUGUGAUCCGAAUAGUCUUGCAGCGAAGGAAGUGAUGAGCUUUGCUGCUCAGAUGAAAGACAAUGCUCCAGAUGUCUUUGGACUACAACUACAAGCGCACUUUGCGCCUCUCUUUGGUGCAGUCGCUAAUGCCUUGAAUCUCGGCGCGCAUGACACCGCAUAUCUCUUCUUGCUCAAUCAUGCAAAAGCUGUUUUGUCAGCUGCUGUUCGAGCAAGUGUUAUGGGACCUUAUCAGAGCCAGGCAGUACUUGCGAGUGUGAAGCUACAGGACAUCAUUCGCAGUUGCAUUGAAUGCUAUUCGAAAACGGAGCACGACGAUGCGGUGGUCACAGUUCCGACGAUGGAUCUUUGGAUGGGAAGACACGAACUACUGUAUUCGAGGAUCUUCAAUUCAUGA